AAUACACUCCUACUUUUGACUGAAAUGUGAGCUUUUGGGUGGAUUGGUCACUUCCCUCUUAACACCACCCUGUCUGCGUGUGUCAGCAGCUACAGAGAUGUUUUUAACCACAGUAAGCAGUUCUAGUUGAGUUGUGUACUUUAGUUUUAUUCUCCUGUCAUCAUGGGAGACUGGGACCCGGCCGGAGCAGCCGCGACACGCCGGAGGAGAGCGACUCUCACAGCGGGGAGAACAGCCAGUCUGCAGCCGGUGAACGGGAGGGCUCCGACGGCGUGUGAAAGCUCAGUGACCGCCAACGUUUGUGCGAACGAUGGGCAGAGAAGACGGGACCGCUCGGUGGAGACGGUCCGGCCCAAAACCAGGAGCGAGAAGAAGAAACAACGGAGGAACGACUUAGCGGAGAGGAUGAGUUGUCACAAGACCCAGGAGUCUCUUCUGACUUCUACCAGUGGUUUCAAUAACUACAGAGGGGUUCUCAACUGGUGUGUGGUGAUGCUGGUGCUGAGUAAUGCUCGCCUCUUCUUAGAAAACCUCUUAAAGUACGGUGUUCUGGUGGACCCUGUUCAGGUGAUUUCCUUGUUUCUGAAUGAUCCGUACAGCUGGCCAGCAGCAUGCCUGGUGAUUGUAUCCAAUGUGUUCAUUGUGGUGGCCCUCUACACAGAAAGGCAGCUGUCGAAGGGUUCAUUCAGUGAACUUGUGGGAUUUCUGGUCCAUUGCAUCAACUUUGCAUUAAUGCUAACAUUCCCUGCUGCAGUGGUCCUAUUGGUUCCCUCCGUGACCCCAGUUGGAGGUGCUUUCGUACUUGGUACUUACACUAUUCUCUUCCUGAAACUCUACUCCUAUAAGGACGUCAACUUGUGGUGCAGAGAGCUGAGCACCGUCAAGGCCAAGAAACUGGCCCGGUCACUGUCAUGUCCGUCAGUACAGACACUAAACGGAGGCGACAGCAAAGUGUGUUAUCCUGGAAACCUCACCAUCAGAGACAUGUACUACUUUGUCUUUGCUCCGACUCUGUGCUACGAGCUCAACUUCCCGCGCUCUCCUAAAAUCCGCAUGCAUUUCCUGCUGAGGAGGCUGUCUGAGAUGUUGUUCUUCAUCCAGCUGCUGGUUGGUCUCACUCAACAGUGGAUGAUUCCCAUCAUUCAGAGCUCCAUGAAACCGCUAGAAGACAUGGAUCUGUCCAGGAUGACCGAGAGACUCCUACGAUUAGCUGUUCCCAAUCACUUGCUGUGGUUGUUGUUUUUCUACUGGUUCUUCCACUCGUCUAUGAACUUCACCGCUGAGCUGCUGCGCUUUGGAGACAGGCAGUUUUACAAGGACUGGUGGAAUUCAGAGACGGUGACAUAUUUCUGGCAGAACUGGAACAUCCCUGUUCACAAGUGGUGUCUGCGCCACUUUUACAAGCCGCUGCUGAGGAGAGGCUUCAGUAAAAUCAUCAGCCAAUCGGCCGUCUUCUUCUUGUCGGCUUUCUUUCAUGAGUACUUAGUGAGUGUUCCUCUCAGGAUGUUCAGACUUUGGGCUUUCACAGGAAUGAUGGCACAGCUUCCUUUCGCCUGGUUCGUUGGCUACUUCCUGCGCGGUAACUAUGGCAACGCUGCGGUGUGGAUGUCCCUCAUCAUCGGUCAGCCGUUCGCGGUGCUGAUGUACGUCCACGAUUACUACGUCCUGAACUACGGAGAGGAGGCCCAGUAGACGCAUCCACACAGCCCACAGCAUGGUUUUCUUACCUCGUCUCACUUUUCUUUUGUCUUUCUUGCACAAACGAACACAUCAAUUCUCCACAGGUACCAGAUAAUGUCCUCUACAAGUCAGGAUGAGCUGGUCACAUCGGCUGCAUGAUUCCAACAGCAAGUUUACAUUUGAAAUCUUGACUGUUGCGUCUUUCUGCUGGGAUGCUUUACAAAGAAGCAAACAGAAACAUUAAAUCAUAAACCUGGAAACACUACUGUAACUUAGAGAGGAGGUGAUGCACUCUGAUCAGCCACAACAUUAAGGGAAAAGUGAGGAAUAUUGAUUGUCUUGGUCGCCAUGGCAGCUGUUAAGGAGUUCGAUGUAUUAAGCGGUUCUGAUGUGUCUUCCUGCUGGGAUUCCUUACAAAGGAACAAACAAAAAGAGGAAAGUAUCCAGUUAAUGCAUUUAAAUGAGGAAAAAUGGGCAGCGUGACAGUCAAAACAGGACCAUGGUGGCGAAGUCAACUCUUUGACUCGUCACACGGAGCUUUGUACUGCUGAUUUAGAUGCAAGGCACUGCGGACAGAGGAGGUGUUUUUACUCAAUGUCGUCCUUUGUCACUGUGAUAUUUUACUUUAUUUGUAUUUAUAUUUUUCCUAUGCAGUGUUGCUCACCUGUUCUAGCUGUUCUUAGAGCCUGCACGUUAACAAACUUUGUUAUUAAUGAUGAAAACUAAAGCACUCGGUGUGUCCAAGAACCCCAAAAUCGGAGUAAAAAAUGUUCUAUCAGGCAGACUUCUGUUGUAGAUUAGUCUUGAAAAAUGGGAAUCAUGCAAGCUGAUGUAUUCGAGUUCAUUUCCUGUAUUUUACAUCACACGUCCUGCGAUCUGACUGUUGCGAUCAUUGCAGUGUCGAUGCCAAAACGAUGUAAUGUGCAGCUCUACUUGAGUCCAGGAAUUCAUGUGAACGUUACUUUGACACCAACCUAAUGCCACUCAAUCAAUCGACAACAUAAUCUAUAGACCCAUCCCCUAGAAGCUUGUUAUGUACUUACUUUCUAGAAAAACCUUCUUUUCCCUUUGGGGUUGCUUCAGAAAAGAUUUAGUUGUUUUGCAACCUGAAUUGGUUCUUUAAUUUACUGGAAAGUGCUGUGUUUCAGUAAAUACAGUCUUAUUUAAAGGGUAAACUAUGUUGUGGUAAAUGUUGCAGCAGUUCUUCUUCCUGCCGUACUGCAAAGCAUAUUCAGGAACGGUUUGUUGAACAUGACAAAGAGACGCAUCUAAAUCUGAGGGAUGUUCUGGAAAAUUAAGCCCGAUCCCAGAAGUGUUUGGCGACCUGUUAAAUGUUAGGAAGGUUGUUUUAAUGUUGUGGCUGAUGGGUGUUUGAAUGCAGCGUUUUACUCAGGUCAUUUAUAUUCCAGUAUCUUGUUGAAACCUCAGUUUGAGCAGCAAUUUUAGUUGAAUUCAUAAUCUAUUUACAAGAAUGCCAGCAUGCAGGGUUUUGUUGUCUUUCUUACACUUGUGCUUGAACAGUAUAAUCACCGAGUUUUAUCACGUUAAUUUGACAGCAUGGUGCGAGUUGACGUUUGGAUAGAGAUUCAGGAUCGCUGUGUUCCGUCCUUUGUUUUUGUGAGCCAAAGGGGCCUUAAUCUGUCUGGUUUUUACUGCGGUGGAUGAGGAGUGUCACUAUAAGAAAUGAACGUAUGCUGAUAGGAUGUUAUUUUUUUUACUAUGAUCAAUUAUAAACAGGCCAGAGUUACUGUUUGUUUUGUUUGUUACCUGAAGUGCCACUACAGUGCAGCUCAUAUCCAGCUGCUUCAACACGGUUUGUGCAUUGAACAAAAACUAUGCAAAAUCAAGAAACCAGUGUGUUACUUUCUCAUUGGACUAGUGCCAAGUACAAAUGUGUGUAAUGAUGUAUGUGAAUACAAUGUUCCUGUUUAAAAAUAAAGAUUUUUUUGAUUCAA